UCUGCAGGCUCUUUCCCGCCCAGAAGACGCGCGACCGGCACGAGGUGAGGCUGGCUUCCUUCUCCGGGGAUCGUCGUACUGAACGGGUCGGGAAGGCUCUGGGCAAACCUGGGGGCAAAACGGCGCGCUUUCCAGUGCUCUCCAAACAAGGCUUCCUCCCGCGACCGGUCCCGCCCCGGAUUAUCAAGUGCCGAACAGCCGGCGGCAGAAAGCUGGAGGGGCUCCUGGCUGAGCUGGGAUGGCAGGUGUCGGAGCAGAAGAUCCGCCGCCGGGGCAACAAGGCGGGCUGCCUCCGAACCCUCCGCUGCAGGUGACCGGCCAGCCCUGCCUCUCUCAAGCGCUGGAGCGGGCCCGGGGGCGCUCGGCCGAAGGGCUCGCUCAUGAAGACAAGCUUUCUGUGUGCAGUAAACUAUGCUAUGGCAUUGGAGGGGCUCCAAAUCAGGUUGCUAGCAGUGCCACCUCAUUCUUUCUGCAAAUUUAUCUCUUGGAUAUUGCUCAGAUUCCUCCAUUUCAGGCCUCUUUGGUGCAGAUCCUUGGCAGAGUGUGCGGAGCAGCUGCAGAUCCUCUGGCAGGCUUUUUUAUUAAUCAAAGCAAAAUGACCAGGUUUGGGCAACUCAUGCCUUGGUUGUUGGGUUGCACACCAUUCACGAUUGUGUCCUAUAUCUUGAUGUGGUUCUUACCUCCCUUCGUAUCAAACCGAAUUCUGUGGUAUCUGACUUUUUAUUGCCUUUUCCAAGCCCUGAGUACACUGUACCAGGUUCCAUAUUCUGCUCUCACCAUGUUUCUGAGCACAGAUCAAGCGGAUCGCGAUUCAGCAACUGCCUACCGAAUGGCAUUUGAAGUUCUUGGAACAUUGAUUGGAGCUACGCUACAUGGUCAAAUAGUUGCCGGUGCUCACACAUCUGAUCAUUGUAGCCAGAAUGAAACUAUUGAGCUGCAACAAAACAGCUCUGAAGUCCUAGAUGUGUCUUAUGGAAGAAAAGUCUACAUGAUUGCAGCUGGACUGGUAGGAGGCAUCUACCUUGUCGGCAUUCUUUCCCUGUUCUUUGGAGUGAAAGAAAAAGUUGAUCCGCACACCUUAAUGCCAGACAAAAAAGUUCCUUUCUUUAAAGGACAAAAGCAUGCAAUGAAGCAUCGACCAUAUUUGAUAUUUACAGCAGCAUUUCUCCUGAUUUUAACAGCAGUUCAGAUUGAACAAGGAAACUUUGUUCUCUUUUGUACUUACGCAGCUGGUCUUCGCAGUCACUUUCAGAAUUUAGUGCUGAUUAUCUUGUCGUCAGCUACAGCAGGCGUUCCAUUCUGGCAAAGAUUUCUGAAGCGUUUUGGAAAAAAAAAAGCAGCGUGCGGAAUAUCAUUGAUGAUUCCUUCAGUAAUCAUGCUGGUGACCAUCCCAAAUGUCUUUGUUGCCUACCUUGUGGCUUUAAUAUCUGGGCUUAGCAUUGCAGCAUCUUUCCUCCUGCCAUGGUCCAUGCUGCCUGAUGUAGUUGACCACUUUCGAAUGCAGAAUCCUCACUUACCAGGGCAUGAAACCAUCUUCUACUCUUCCUUCAUCUUUUUCACAAAGAUGUCAACUGGAAUUGGAAUGGGAAUUUCUUCCUUCAGUCUCCAAUUUGUAGGCUACAAAUCGGGGAUGUGCACACAGUCCAUCCAUGUUGUCAUCACACUGAAAAUCUUGGUUGGUGGAAUUCCAUCCAUCCUGAUACUCUUAGGCUUCUCCAUACUCCUGCUGUAUCCAAUCAAUGAGAAAAGUCAAAAGGAAAUGAAAUAUGCCUUUGAAAAUUCAAGGAGGAAUCACUUGAGCACUGAAAAUUUUGCCGAAGAAAGCACUUCUGUUGGAAAGCCUGAGCAAAAAUAGAAACCCAAUAUUAAUGGAAAUGCAACCAGGGGGCAGCACUUCAGCAUGCUUGAAGGCAUUUAUCUUAUUCCACUGGCGUUUAACCACCAAUGUACCAAGGCUACCUUGAUCAAAAAGAUGAUACUUUGGAGCAUGGCUUGGAGAGCUUGUACAUCUGUAAAACUGUAUUGUGUUGUUCACACACUGUGAAGCCUUGGAAGAGCUAUUUAUAAGAUGCAAUAGGUGGCGCUCUCUCCUUUCAUUUACAGUAUAGUACAUGUUAUAUAGUAUAGAGACAGUUUGGUGUAGAGGGUAAGGGCUAGAAACCAGGAGACCGUGAGUUCUAGUCCCACCUUAGGCACAAAGCCAGCUGGGUGACCCUGGGCCACUCU